AUGACACCUUCAAUGACUUCACGUUAUUUCGACCCGAACGUCUUGUUCAGAUUGAAUGAUAUAGAUAAAAACGUUCAGAUUCACCUUAAGAAUGUUUACUCUCUCCUUUCAAUUGGCUUGAUUGUGGCAACGAUCGGUUCGUACAUUUUCACCAUUUCUUCACUUGUUCAGUCAUGGGCCUUUGGGGUGCUUAUAACGUCUGCGAUAGCCUCUAUUGCCUCGUGCUGUUAUAUCGUGUUCACUCAGCAUACCGAAUCUCAGAUUUUUAAAAGAAUGGUUGCUUUUGGUAUUUUCACAUUUUCUUCUGGCAUUGGUCUUGGACCUUUGGUUAAGUUUACCCUACAUGUGAAUCCAUCGGCAUUGCCAGCUGCUCUUUUCGGAACUGCUAUCAUUUUCGUUGCAUUCACUUUUGCCGCUUUGCUUACUCGCAAGCGCGUGUUUUUCUAUCUGGGAGGCAUUUUGGGUACUGCUAUUAGUGUCAUUUCUGCAUUCUCUUUGAUGAAUCUGUUCAUUCGCUCACCAGCACUUUUCAGUGUCGAGCUCUAUCUAUCCUUUUUAAUUUUCUGCGCUUUCGUUGUCUAUGAUACUCAACUUAUUGUCUUCAAACGCCAAAUGGGUGAUUCCGACUUUAUAAGACACGCAUUGGAUCUAUUUGUUGAUGUUAUCGAACUAUUCCGUCAUCUUCUGAUUAUCCUAAACUCAAAGAGAGAGCGCAAUGAACGCAAUAGGGAGUAG